AUACAAUUUUCGAGCUUUUGGUUUCACACUGAAGCCUGCUUUGAUGAUCGCAUGUUUAUUCUUUUUCCUCGUUUUUGGCACGUCGAACGCUGAGCUUCGGAGCUCUAUUUUUUUGUUCACAUACUGACUCGAUAUUUUAUUCUUCGUUCUUGAUUGCGGUGUCUAAAUUCACUGGUUCUUUUUCUCGUCCUCGAAGGAAACCUCUUCUCGCCACAAUUUGAAUGUAUCACGCGACACUGGCAGAGCCCCCACUUGUUUAGGUGUAUUGUUAGUUUCCGGAACGGUCUUCCCAGUUACCUAAUGCAACUGUAAUUAAAUUUUCAAUUACUGUGUACAUCAAUUUUCGAAAAAAGAAUUCUUCAUGAUCCCAUGCACAGAAAUUACAGAAAUUUUUGUCAUACCUAUUUGACAUUUGGGACAUUGUUGACACUACAAAAAUUCGUGAUAUUCUCAAGAUUUUUGACAAGUUUUUCAGUUUUGACAAUUUUGUCUUUGGUUCCAUGAAUCAAAUAUCCUUAUCCUAUCGCAAUCAUUCUAAAUUUUUAUUUAAUUUUUUAAUUUAAUUUUUCUGUAUUGUCUGUCUUGUAAAACGACUGAACAACAAUAUGACAGUGGGAUAUUUGUAAUAGAACUCAUACUGUUUUGAAAAUUGGUCUUCCGUAAAAGUUUUCAUUCUGCUCACAUCUGUAACGUAUACUGAAAGAUAAUAUGCACUCUUUCAGUGAAGAGUUGGUACAAGCAUUGUUCUGUUUAGAAUGGGUAUCAUCAUCAUCAUUAUUUUUUUUUGUUCAAUUUGGUGUAUGAUAUCUGGUUUCUCUUCUUGCUCAUCAUCUUCCACAUAUCGUCGUUGGAGACACUUUUUGUCAUCAGUCUAUUUGGCACGGGACGUUACUAGAGUCAGAUUUGAACGGUCGUUCUUUGAGUAUUGACCAAUAACUUUCUCGUUGUUAACUGAAAAAUGUUUCCAAUUGCGAACGAUACAUCUGGAAUUUUCGUGAUACAGUGAUCUGUUGCAAGUAGGAGAGUAGUAGCAACUUAGCAACAACAACGAACGCAUUCCGCAUCGGGAAGCUUCGCGUGCGCACACACUUAGCGCCAGCGACAGCAGCACGAAUUAGCACCGCGACCCAAUAAAUUCAAAUGUACAAUGUAUAGCAUCUGAUUUUUAUCAGUCCAAUCGCAGGAAUUCACCGGAGCAGUUAGUGUGUCAAAAAACAGUUGGAAGAAAGACAGAGGUGACAGUCACUUAACUUAUAUACAAUAUUAUGUACAGCAAUGUUUGUUACCUCGAAGUGGCAAUUGUGACGAAAAUACCAAGAAAAUAAAAAAAAAAAAACAAAACAGAAGACUGACAAGUGCAAAUCACUGACUAAGUGAUAAGCCGGAUUUGCCCGGAAUGUGAUAUGAUAAUAUAUGUAGUUUAAGCUAAAAAAAAGUUAUAUAUUCAAAGUGUAUCGUAAAAGUUCCUUAGGUUAUCCUAUCAGUAAAUGUUGUACAUUGUCGACCUUUAUCUGGUGCUGUUUUUCUACCUCGAAUGGCGCCUGUCGUUGGGGUUGCUGAACGCGCUGCUGGAACGCACUAGAAGAAUGAAGAAGUUAACAGCACUGCUGGCGUUCUGUUGGGUUCUGCUGGUGUCGCAGAUACUGGCCAUAUCCAGCUUGUACAACGACGGGUUACAGGACAUUCCUGGCCCUCCUUCGGUGGUAACUUUGGUCGAACACCAGAGCAGCGAAAUGCAAAUAGAAAGCAAACUCGAAGAAAACAUUGAAGCAACGUUGAAGAACAUCAGCCUUCAUGAUCUGGCCGAAGAUGGCGCGGUGGAAACUCCAGAAGACUAUCCCCAAACACCACUAGGCGAUAUUCCAACGGAUCGUGAUUCCACCACCAGUGAAGCUUCAGUUCAGCUCGCACCAGAGCAGCCGGAGCAUUUAGGGGAAAAAAUUGACGACUCCGGAGGGACAGACGAGCCGCCGAAACCCGAUGAAGCAAUCGACGACAAUCGAAAUAUCACCGGCAGCGAAUCUCCGCUGGGUUCCGAGGUGAACCUAACCGAGGAGAACCCGAUGCCCGUGUUUUCCGAGUGGGCCCAAAAGCAGAUGGCCGAGGCGGAGAAGAAGCUCGGCGAGAAUGUGAACGCUUCAGCAAUGAAGCGCAACUCAAAACCAGCCGGUGGCAAAAUGCCUCCGCUUAAGUUACGAGCGAAGAAUUACGCCGCUCCGGACUGUGGCGCAAAAAUAAUCGCCUCCAAUGCGGAAGCGCAAAGCACCGGAUCGGUGCUAACUUCACACAAGGACGAAUACCUGCUGAAUCCAUGCACGAGCAAAAUUUGGUUCGUGGUUGAGCUGUGCGAACCGAUUCAGGCGGAGCGUGUUGAAAUGGCAAAUUUCGAGUUGUUUUCCUCAUCACCACGGGAUUUUUCCGUUGCGGUCAGUAAUCGUUUCCCGACGAGAGAUUGGGCCAACGUAGGCCAGUUCACUGCGAAAGACGAGCGAGACGUUCAGAGUUUCAAUCUUCAUCCACACCUGUUUGGAAAAUUCGUGCGAGUGGAAAUCCACUCGCACUACAACUCGGAGCAUUACUGCCCGGUGUCGCUAUUCCGAGUGUACGGAACAUCAGAGUUUGAAGCAUUCGAGACGGAUAAUGCGCCUUCACAGGGCGAUGAUGACGAUGUGGAGUUAGUGACUGCCGAAGAUGGGUUGCAUUUAGGAGGAGAAAUUUCAAUAGAUUCAAAACAAUUGGAUUCGGGAGAAAUGAAGCCAAAAAAGACAGAGAAUAUUCUAAAAUCCGCUGGCGAAGCGGUGAUGAAUAUUGUUAAAAAAGCCGCCGAAGCUCUGGGUAAAACCAACGACGGCGCUAGCUUAGGAAAUGGAACUGAAAGUAAUUUAACGGAUGAAACUCGUGCACACAUAGAUGUGGAAAAUUCAAAUGACCUGCUACACUCUCGAAGUAACAGCUACUGCUUUUCACUAGCCUAUCAGCCUCGGUGUGUUAUUUGUCCGCAUGAGCUUCAGUUGCAACUGGAGCGUACGUUAAGCUGCAACUAUUACCUUCUCACUAGUCUACUGAAUGUCGAACAAAUCAGUUCCUCGUUUAACGAAUCUCAGCAUUUGCUAUGUGCCAAUAUUUUAGGAUAUUUUUUGAGUGACAGUGACUCGCAAAGUUGGGCUUUCAACGGAAGUUUGUUGAGUUGGUUCCCAGCGGUGCAUUUGGCUGGAUUUUGCAACAUCAGGGCUCUUGAUAAUGGUUUACUGGAGCCGGUAGUAAGGACAGAACAGAAAUCACCUUCGGAUGAUGAAAACUCGCUUGAACAAGCUGGUGAAGAAAGUUCUUCGAGUGAACCUAGCGAGUUGCCAUCCUCACAGACGACGGCUGGCUCGAAUGAGCAUGCAGGCAACGAAGGCUUUCGAGCUGUUGAUAGUCCUCCUACAGAGGAGGAGGAAGUCACGAAACAAUCGCUGCCACAAGAAGAAGUCAAUAUUUUCACCCUUCCGGAAGAAUCCAACUCUUCGGAAUCUCCGCCUGUUGAUGAUCAACAGUUAGUCACUGAAAAGGUACCGGAGUUGUCCACAUCAGCAACCGAACCAACACAGCAGGAGAAAGAUCAUGAUGCGACGGUGCUCAAUUCCAAUGGCAAUCCUUUGGAGGAUAUCGAGGGGCUUCUGUUGGAUGACCAUCAUCUGGAGGGGAGUGAUGUAGCAAGCGGCGCGACCGGUGUCGGAGGAAUACCAACUAUAGCUAGUACAACAUCUACGACGCCGUCGCCGGACUCGUUGACAGCCAGUGUGCCGGCAGCGACUCAGAAGGGACAACCGGAGAGCGUUUUUCUGCGGCUUUCGAACCGAAUUAAGGCCCUGGAGCGCAACAUGAGCCUUUCGGGUCAGUAUCUGGAGGAGCUGAGUCGUCGCUAUCGCAAGCAGGUGGAAGAGCUGCACCAGUCACAUGCCAAAACGUUGUCGGAAAUCGAAGAGCAAAACCAUCGAAUUCGGGAAAGCGAGGAUGCCCUCCGCCAGGAGAACGAACGCUUGCGACAGGAGUUUUCACUUUUUCGCGAUAGUCUACUGAAUUGGAGAACGCUGGCCGUUGCUGUAGGGACUAUUGCCGUUACGCAGCUCCUGGUUUGUUGGAUUGUGUUGCGUAGUUGUCGCAGGCAGAUGGUGACCUCGCCAGAUCGUGAAACAAUUGACAGAGAGCUGGCACAGUUAUCGACCAGCGGAAAACUUAUUAGAGGAAAGUUAUUGAGACGAAAAUCGAUCGAUGGUGUGAUAGGCGGUGCACAGCUUGGAGUGGGAUCUUUGAAAAAGAAGCGUCCCAGUGAAGAAGCGCUCAAUAUCAGUGGUACGUACGAAAAUUUGCUCAUUGAGGAUAACGGCAGGGGAGAUGGUGUCAAAUCGGAUCGAAAAAGAAGCAGAAACAAACAUAGGAAAACUUCCGUUCCAGCUGGCUUUGUUCAGCAAGUUGGUAGUGUUAGAACCAAACGAGCGAAUUCAGCCGAACCACCAGAAGCCAAGCUGGCAGGUAAGCCAGAUCUCGUACGUACUGAAUCAGCUCCGGAACCGAGACGACUAACACCUGAGUUGAGUAAACCGGACGAACAUAAUCGCAUCGAUGAGUUACCCUUGCUGGAGGACAACGAUGAGUUUAUCAUUCCAACUGCUUCGGAUCUUUCGUACAACGAAUUCAUUCCAGACUCUACCUCUGAGCUGGUCAGUAGGACUAACGGAAUGGGCUCUUCGACGUCAUCGAUUGACUCGAAGCCAGCCGGUAAGCCUGGCAUAGGACGGCGCCUAUCGUCGCCAGCUUUUUUCAAGUCCUCAUUCCUUCGGUCGAGCCGAAGGUCAUCCGGCAAAAAAAUCACACCCAGCCAAAAUCUGAGCAGUGCCAGUAGUAAUACGAGUAGUAGUGGAAGCAGCAGUGUUAGAAUCAAUAUGACCAAUAAUCAUAACUCUGUCGCGGAAGACCCGUCGUCAGUGACGGACGUAAGCGGUCUGGAACCCGUCAUUACCGUUAACAACAACAACAGCAUCAACAAACGCCACAGCAGUGGUAAUGAGUGGUACAAGCUGAAAAAGUCCUCUAGUCAAAAUAGUAACAAAUUCGGUAAGCGUAAAGCGAAAUCCGAAAGUCCCGAGGUGCAAACCGUGGGGAAUGGUUCUAUCAACGGGACCGACUCGGAGCCGAAGCUGAAGAUGUCGUCGUCGUUUAACGGUAGCACCAGUUCGAGUGAGAAAAAAUUGACCGGAAAUGGGGGCGGUAGCUUUCGACGGUUGCUCCGCAAGGUGUUCUAGUGGGGCGGCUGCUGCAGAAUGGUUCCUUAAAACUCGAUAGACUGACUGAAAAACAAAAAAAAAAAAAAAAACAGUAACCGUGAAAGUGUGUGUUUGUUGGGGCAGGGAGAGCUUUCUAAAAGCCAAGCAUGAAUGAAUGGAUGGCUGGGAGGAUGAGUAGGUUAUACUGCUAUAAGGUUACACAAUAAAAUGUUCAUUUUAUUCGUACAAUAGUUGUGUAGGAAAGUACCUAUAUAUUCACACACAUAUUACACACACAUAUUGGAACCUAAUUGAAUUGUCUAAUCAAUCCUGUGACUGUUUCUACUGAAAGUUAGCUGUGGGCAAGUUUGGAGUCAAGGAUGCUCAAAGCAGCAUUUUUGAUAUAUUGUAAAUGUUUCGCAUCGUACUUUACUGUUGUGAAUGUGUGGGAAAUAUGUUUGUUCUUGUUCAUAAUAGUUGUAAAAAUAAUGCAUUUGUUUCUUAUUGUUUAUUUAUAUUUUCUAUGUUAAUCGAUUUUUGAUGGUAAAUUAUAAAUUAUAAAAAAGAACGUUUUCUUCUUAGUCAAAAUAUCAAAUACAAAUUGUCAUGACCAAUAGAGGUUAUUUGAAGUUUGAAGUUAGUGUAUAUAUUUAGUGGCUAACAUUGAAUUUGCAUGUUAAAUAAGUGCUAAAAGGUUUUCUCGCGUAGCGGCAAUGUUAACGUUUUUUUCAAGGCAGACAGAUCCAACUGAUAAAAUAAUCUGAAAACCAUUUGAUAAACGAAAAAAAAAAACAUAAAACAUGAUCUCACCUGCUCAAUCUGCUAGGAGAAUUAUGGAAUUUUAGAGGGUUUAGAGUCAGUGUUGUUCAGUGUGAAAAUCGGUCUUCUGCUUGGAGUAUCCUUGAAACGAAACUGUCCACAGGCCGUUAAUUAGAGCAACAAAUAUUGGAUCGCUGUCAAUGCUUUGUGUUACGAAGAUAAAAAAAGUAAUACCCAAAUUAACAUGUGUAGAAAUUUCCAGCAAAAGUAGAUUUAAAAUUGCAUGCAGUAAGCUGAAAUAUUAACCCAUAUGAUGAGGCGAAAAUGUUCAGCAUAGUGAACCCUAAGUAAAGCAACGCAUAGCAUAAUUGUUAUCAAUUUCAAAAUUAUCGUGUGAAUUUCGAGUACGUGUUGAAGAAGGUAUGAUAAUAAGUAAAACCCGUUUUUAUGUACGCCUAGCAGUCGAUAUUAUUGACGAUAAGUAAAUAGCUACUAAC